CAUUCUUCUUCACUAAGAAUUACAUCACUUUCACACCACGCCAACACCUCACUCCAUACAAACUCUUCUAAGCUCUUUCUCGAGUCUCGACCACCAACAUUUAUACUUGAACAAUGGGGGAAGAAACUAGACCGGUGAACCCUAUCUAUACAAAGCCAAAAGCUCCGGCGACUCUCGGUUCGUCCUUAGUGCCGAUCAUCAAUAAACUCCAGGAAAUCAUUGCUCCACUCGGGAAUAAUUUGUUGGAUAUUUCUCUGCCUUUGGUCGCGGUUAUAGGGAGCCAGAGCAGCGGCAAGUCUAGCGUGCUGGAGGCGCUCGUCGGCCGGGAUUUUCUUCCUCGCGGCUGCGGUAUAUGUACUCGGAGACCGCUUCUACUGGUGCUGGAGAAUCAGCCGGCGAAUUCCGCCGAUGAUGGAGCAGAGUGGGGCGAGUUUCGUCAUUUGCCUGGAAGCCGCUUCCAUGAUUUUUCCAAGAUUCGCCGCGAAAUUCAGGCUGAGACUGACAGAGAAGCAGGGUUGAACAAAGGGGUUUCAGAUAAACACAUUUUCUUAAAGAUUUCCUCUCCAAAUGUACUUAAUAUGAUGCUUGUUGAUUUACCCGGCAUCACUAAAGUCCCUGUUGGAGAUCAACCAAGGGAUAUAGAAGCAAAGGUUAGGAAAAUGAUAAUGGCCCAAAUUAGGCAAGAAAAGUGUAUUAUACUGGCUGUUAGUCCUGCAAAUUCUGAUCUGGCUAACUCGGAUGCACUUCAAAUGGCUAGAGAAGCUGAUCCAACUGGUUCUCGAACAAUUGGUGUAAUCACAAAGCUUGAUAUAAUGGAUCGAGGAACUGAUGCCCGCAACUUUUUGCUUGGGAAAGUUGUUCCACUACGCCUUGGUUAUAUUGGUGUUGUUAAUCGAAGCCAAGAGGACAUUAAUAAAAAACAUAGCAUUGCUGAUGCUCUUUCUCAUGAAGAGAAAUUCUUUCGUGAUCGUCCUGUAUAUAGUGGUCUGUCUAGUUGUUGUGGCAUUCAUCAGCUGUCAAGGAAGCUAAAUCAGAUUUUGGAACAACAUAUCAGAAUGGCUCUCCCAAGUUUGAAAUCUGAGCUGAACUCAAAAAUGACUGCUAUUGUUAAAGAACUUCAGACCUAUGGAUACCUUGUAGAGGCUAAUAUGGAAAAAGGAGUAAUUUUGUUGAACAUUUUGUCAAAAUAUUGUGAAGAUUUUUCUGCUUUGGUGGAUGGGUGUAGUCAGGAGAUUUCAACUAAAGAAUUGUCAGGUGGAGCCAGGAUCAAUUAUAUAAUUCAGUCAAUUUUUAUAAAGAAACUGGAGGAAGUUGACCCUUGUGAAGGUCUAACUGAUAAUGAUAUCCAGAUAGCUAUUCAAAAUGCUGCUGGUGCUAGGAAUGCAUUAAUAAUUGUUCCAGAGGCCCCAUUUGAAGUUUUGGUUAGAACACAAAUUGCUCGGUUGUUGGACCCUAGUCUUCAGUGUGUCCGAUAUGUUUAUGAUGAACUGAUGAAGAUUAGUCAUGCUUGUGAAGUAAAUGACUUGCAAAGGUUUCCAACUUUGAGAAGGCGCAUGGAUGAAAUUAUGGUGAAGUUUUUACGUGAUGGUGUAAAGCCUGCUGAGAAAAUGAUAGGAGAUCUUAUAGAGAUGGAGAUGGAUUGCAUCAAUUAUUCGCAUCCAAAUUUCCUCAAUGGCGGCAAGGCUGUUAAGCUUGCUUUGGAGCAAUUGAGAUCACAACAGAGAAGUCAGCCUUCAGUGAACAAUGAGAAACCUACAGCAUCUGGAGAGAACACAUCAACAAGUAGUUGGAGGAUGCCAAUACCAUCAAUGUUCGGGGCCAGGGGAUCGUCUGAAGGAAAACCAGCUAGCAGCACAACUGUACAUGAGCCCGAUGGUUCUAAUCAGAUGCCUUGUACCAUCCAAUUGAAAGAGCCCCCAUCCAUAUUAAAGCCACCCGGCGCUACAGAUAAUGAAACAAUUGAGAUUUUUGUAACAAAAUCACUCAUUCGAUCUUACUAUGACAUUGUCAGAAAGAAUAUUCAAGAUCUAGUGCCAAAAGCUAUAAUGCAUUUUCUGGUGAACCACACGAAACGGAAACUUCAGAGUGCCUUUACACAAAAACUUUACAGAGGGGACCUAUUUGAAGAGCUAUUGCUGGAGGACGAUGAGGUUGUCUUGAAAAGGAAACGUAAUCAAGAAUUGUUUCAGGUUUUACAAGAAGCCAUUGAGAUGCUUGAUGAAGUUGAAUCUGAUGUCUCAACUGGAAGCUCAUAUUCAAGCUUUUGCACCGAUGCAAGUUCAACUAAGGCCUCGUAAGUGUUUCAGGGAUUACAUAUUUCUACCAACUUGAGGAUUAUUUCGAAUCUUCAGAAACUUUUUAAAUUACUUGACCGAAAAAUCAACGUUAAAUUUGUAUUGCUAAUUUAGUAUAAAUAUAAGAUAAUGCAAAAACUUUGAUGCUAUGUAACUGUAACAGAUAUAUGUAUUAAUGUUGAGUUGAGUUUUACAUUGUA